AUGAGUACUUUUUUAUGUAAAAAAGGAACAUGUGUUGCAGAUUCAGAAGGGGAAGAUGAUUUUUUUUCUUCAGAAGCAGUUUUAUUUAAAAAUGUUGAUACGCAUAUAUCCCAAGAAAAAAUGCAUUGUGAGAAGACUGAUACUAUGAGCAGUAUUGUUGCUUUAGAAUCUUCAGAUAAUCCUAUUAUUAGUUAUGAAACGUCUAUUUUAAUUCUGGAAGAAUCUAAAAAAGAUAUGGAAAAUAAAGGUCAUAGUUUUUUGAAGGAAAAAAAUCUAGAAAAUGAUAAUUCUAAAGAUAGUUCUUUUUUAUCUAACAGCAAUUGUAAUUCAAACGUGAAUAUUCAGCGUGAUUUGCCUCCCAUAAUGAAUGCAGAUGGUAGUGAUGAUGAAAUACAGUUAUUACCAUUGCUUAAACAAAGCAAUAUUGGUGUAUUUGAGACGACAGGGGAUGGGUCUGCGAUUGAUUGCAGAGAAGAAGCAACUCCAUGCAAAAAUAUGCAAGUGUUUCAAUUAUCUCAACAAGAAAAGUCGGAAAUUAAGUUGCUUUCUCUCGCUGCGUGUAUUGAUACGAAUCCUUUACAAAUGAACGAAUGCAAGUCUGAAAGCAAUGGGAAUGGUUCUGUUUUUCCUAAUGAUAUUGAAUUCACUGCUGGUUUAAAAGAUGAUGUAUUUCGAAAGAAGGGGAAGAAAAUGAAAAGAAGUAAAACCACAAAAGAUGAUUUGAAAAAAGGAGGAAAAGUAAAAAGAUAUUCUUCUCUCGGAUCUUAUCAUGAUUAUAUGAAUAUUGUGGGCAAUACUUCACCUAUACAACAAGAAUUUGGGAAUGGUUUUUCUGAGACAGCUUUUUCCAAAGAUGCUUUAAAGUUAAAUAGAUGUUUAUCGUCUAAAGAUAGUGAUCAACAUCCUCUAUAUUCUUACGGAAAUGAUUAUUGUUCUGUUAACCAUAAUGCUUUGCUAGAUGGCAGUUUUUCAAGAAUUGUUCCGAAUGAUUCCGAGACGCAUGAAUUUAACGCGUUACAGUUAACAAAUUAUCAAGAAAAUAGUCAACUAAAUGUUGAUGGGAGUCUAAAGACACCUGAAUCCUGUAAGCAGGACUCCGAAGUUUUAAAGAUGAAAGCAUGUUUUUCAGUAUCUAGAACAGCAGAAAUAGUGGAGAAAGUUCUAGAUAAUGUAGACGUCAAUACAUUGCAACUAGAAAAUGGCGAAAACAUUGUUUUAGAAUCUAAAAGUCAGCAAUUAACUCCACCCAUGGAAACACUUAAUACGAUAGAUAUUCCGCUUACUCCAGCUGCAACACCUUCCGCAUUAAAAGAAUCUGUACGGAAAUCUACUAUGACAAAGCCAUAUUAUCGUGUUGGGCUUUCAAAAAAAGCAAAAAUAGAAUCUUUGCACUCUUAUCUUAAAAAAUAA